CUCACUCCCGCGUCCCCCGUCUCAGGGAGAGCCUCCCAGCUAGACCCCAGCAGCCUCAGCACACAUCGCACGGGGCGACAGCUUCCGGGGGCGGGGCCCGGUCUCUCUCGGCGUCCACCGCGCCUGCUCCCCGGACGAAACCCGCGGACAGGGCUUUAGGUUCGCCGGAAUCCCACGCUCCCGACUUCCGUUUCCGGGUCAGAGCCAUGGCGGUGGCAAAUUCAAGUCCUGUUAACCCCGUGGUGUUCUUUGAUGUCAGCAUUGGCGGUCAGGAAGUUGGCCGCAUGAAGAUCGAGCUCUUUGCAGACGUUGUGCCUAAGACGGCCGAGAACUUUAGGCAGUUCUGCACCGGAGAAUUCAGAAAAGAUGGGGUUCCAAUAGGAUACAAAGGAAGCACCUUCCACAGGGUCAUAAAGGAUUUCAUGAUUCAAGGUGGAGAUUUUGUUAAUGGAGAUGGUACUGGAGUCGCCAGUAUUUACCGGGGGCCAUUUGCAGAUGAAAAUUUUAAACUUAGACACUCAGCUCCAGGCCUGCUUUCCAUGGCAAAUAGUGGUCCAAGUACAAAUGGCUGUCAGUUCUUUAUCACCUGCUCUAAGUGCGAUUGGCUGGAUGGGAAGCAUGUGGUGUUUGGAAAAAUCAUCGAUGGACUUCUAGUGAUGAGAAAGAUUGAGAAUGUUCCCACAGGCCCCAACAAUAAGCCCAAGCUGCCUGUGGUGAUCUCACAGUGUGGGGAGAUGUAGUCCAAAGACUGAAUCAGUAUAGCUUGCUCGACUUCAAGGCUAUAAACCGAGAAUGUGGACUGCCCUUUCUCUUACCUCUGGGACCGAAACCUGCAAGGAAGAAGGAUUACUUUUUGUUCUGGACCUCCACAGAGAGCCAUCAGAGCCUGACAAAAAGAACAAAGGCUUUGGAGCCAAGUAGACCAGGAAGCCCCACCACUGUCUAAUUCUGUGACUUUAGUCAAGCCGUGAAACCCCUUGGGACCCUACUCCUUUGCAUAAUUAGAUAAUAUAUAAUGCAUGGAGUUGUGAAGGGCAAAUAAAUGAGACAGUAUGCUUGACCAUAAA